AUGAAAAAAAAAAAAGAAAAAGAAAAAGAAAAACAAAAAUCUAUAAACUAUUACAUCUUUUUUUUUCAAUACACUUUAGUAUAUAACACUAUUCAAAUAAAUAAAAUAUACAAAUUAUUUUAUCAUGUCUUUAUUACAAAAAAAAAAAAUUACUUUUCAAAAUCAAAUUAUAAUUCACCACCUAAAUCUGUCUUCUCUUCGGGACGAGAAAAUGUUUAUUUACCAGAAGAAUAUAAAAAGAAAAUAGAAAAAGAAAACCAAGAGAAUCUAGAGAUUCUAGAGAAUAGUAUGAAAGAUGCUAGUCAUAGUAAGACAACUUCUUUACCAUUUUCUUCUUCUUCACCACAAUCAUCAUCAUCAUCUUCAUCAUCUUCAUCGUCUUCAAACUCUUCAUUAUCAUGUUCUUUAAUAUUUUCAUCUACCCUUUCAUUAAUAAAAAGUGAAUUAAUUAAAGAUGACACAAUCAAAUAUAGUGAAUCUGAUUCAAAAUCUGAUUCAGAAUUUGAUUCAGAAUCUAAUUCAGAUUUUGAUUCUGAAUCUGAAUCUGAAUAUGAAUAUGAAUAUGAAUAUGAAUCUAAGUCUAAUUCAGAACAGCCAAUUAUAAACAAUUAUUUAGAUCAUACUUAUAUUUACAAUUUUGCUAUUGUUGUAAAAGCUAUUCAUUAUCUUCAUCAUUUUAUAAAGGAAAUGUUGAAAUUUGUAUAA